AUGCAAGGGCCACAAAGACCACCACGUAGGUCAAAAAGGUUGAAUGUGAUUCAGGUUACGGACCAACGUGAUGAUGAAGAUGGAGACUGCAACAAUGGUGAGCAAUUCCCACAAGGUCAUGAAUCACAAGUAUUGGUCGAUGAAGAGGGUCAAGUUCACAAUCAAGUAGACAAGGAAGUACGCAAGCGCAAGAGAACAAGCUUGCCAGUUGUCUGGAACAUGCCAAAGGGGCAGAGAAUAGUUGUGAAAUGCAAUGAAGAUAGCCAGCCUAUAGGAGAUGAAGGUGCAAUCUUGGGGAAGUUUCUGGGCACGGUUGCUAGAAAUGGAGGAUUUUGCCCACUAAACAUAAAUGAUUGGCGUCAUGUCAAAAAGAAUAGUGGUGAGGAAACAUUAUUGCAGUGCGUACAGAAAAAGUUCGUGUAUCCUCGAUCAUGUGAAAAAUGGAUACUCAAAUCAAUUGGAAGAGACUGGAGGAAAUUUAAGUCUAGUUUGAAAGAUGCUUUCUUCAAACCCGCCAUUGAAAAAAAUCCAAACAUCAAGCGAAAGGCUUUGUAUAAGCUCUGUCCAGAAGAUGUGGACAACGAUCAAUGGCGUGGGCUUGUUAAAUAUUGGAAGUCCAAAAAAGGAAGGGCCCUUGCUGAGAAGAACAUAAUUAGUCAUUCCCUCGUGAAGGAUUCACAUAAUGCUGGCACAAAGAGUUAUGCUUGUUGGGGCGAAGACAUGAGGCAAGCUGAUCCUGAAAAGAAACGACCACACAGAUCAAAGGUUUAUUUAGUAACUCACAAGAAGAAGGACGAUGUUGAUGCUAAAAAUAAAGAUAAAAAUAAGCGCCUGGAUCGAUUGGACAAUCUAAUAACCGAUCGACCAGAGUUGGCACAAAAUUUGAAUGGAAGAGUCGCAUGGGAAGGUGAUGCCCUGCAGGAAGUGUUAGGGAAAGAAAAGAUUGGACAAGUGCAUGGCAUGGGUUUGCUUCCAACUCCUAAGCAAGUCUACGGUCGGACGCCACGGUAUCUAAAGAACAUCAAUAUGACUACAACUGAUGGAUCACCAUAUGAAGUUGAACAUGACGUUUGGGAGGUAAUAGCAAAGAUGAAGGAGCACAUAAAAAAGCAAGACCAGAUUAUUAAAGAUAUGAAUAACAAAGAAGGCUAUGUCAAUAAUGGCAUAGAAGAGGAAAACCUCCAAUCAAAUGAUAAUGGUAUUUCUCAGUCACCAGUACUGCUUGGUAAAACAAAGAGAAUCCAGUGCAAUGGACCCGUUGAGGCACUCUCGUCUAUGCAACAUGACAUUCCUGAGGAUAAUAAUUUAUCACGUUCACAUGAGAAGGUUGGUGACCAUGAUGUCAACCAAUUACAAGUUCAACAAAAUUCAUCGUCACCACAAGACCUUGUUAUUGAUUUUGUGCUAGAGAUGAGGGAAACGAGGAAUAUUACGGGUGAAUCUGUUUCAAGACCGAACCAGCAAAGGACUAGAACUGAACACCCACACUGCUCAAAAAGAAGGCGUUCUUCUUCCAUCAAGGCUGCUUCCAAAGUAGUCUUAAAGACUUCAACAUAUCCCAACAAGCGGAAUGUUGCGUAUGGUACUAUUCGGAGUACUGAUCCAAGAACUAAGGCUAGUGGUAUUGAGUUAGGUGCUGAAUUUGCUCUUGUGCGCAUAGACGAACCUAUUCUUGAUAAUGAGGAGUUGGUAAGGGAAGUUUCUGAUUGCAAGACAAUUGGCGAGGCUUUCACUUCAGGAUACUUAAUUGCCUGGCCUUCAGCUUUUAUUCGAGAGAAGGAUGGUUGA